AUGAAACCUAGCAAAUGCGCGAAAACAACGGUAACUAAGCUGUUUAUAGGUCGUCGGAAACGACCUAAGUCCCAUCCAGCCAGGACUGUCAGUCUUCCUCUGUACCCUAUGCGUCUGCACCAGACAGUAACUAACUGCCGCAGCGUCCCGCCGAAUGUACAAUUCGAAAUAGACGAUGUCGAGAACGACUGGGCUCAUCACAAGCCCUUCGACUACAUCCACUGCCGCUUCAUGGCCUCUUCCAUCCGGGACUGGCCCCGUCUCUUCCGCCAGAUCCUCGAAAACCUGACGCCAAACGGGUAUGCUGAAUUCUACGACUUCGACUUCUUCUUCCGCAGCGACGACAACUCCCUCCUCCCAACCCACGAGAUGUACAUUAACUGCGCUGAAACCACCAGCGCGGCAGAAAAGAUCGGCCAAACAGCCUGUCCCGGCCCUCAUCUAGCCAACUGGGCCCGCGAAGCAGGCUUCGUCAACGUCACGGAGCGCAAGAUGAAAGUGCCCAUUGGACCGUGGGCAAAGGACCCCAAGCUAAAGGAGAUUGGAGCCUGGAACCAGGUGCAGGCGAUGGAAGGGAUGGAGGGAUGGUCGAUGGCGCUGUUGACGAGGGUGAAUGGGUGGAGCGAGCAGAAGGUAAGAGAGCACCUGGUGAGGCUGAAGAAGGACUAUCUAGACACGAAGAUCCAUGCAUAUAUGACUGCGUAUGUGGUCUAUGGGCAGCGGCCGGAGAAGAACUAG